UUGACAAUGAAAGAGAGAUAAUCCAGUUUUACACACAGAUCGUAACGUCCAACCCAUUUUAUCUUCCUCUUCUCUUUGCUCCUUUUUUUUGCCCUAACUAGUUAACAGGGUUUCAGAUGACUUCCAGCUGCCCAUUUCACAUCUGAUGCAUUUGUCGCCUGGAUCUCUAUUCUACUACUCCGUCUCCUUUGCCCUUCUUAAUUUGCUCUUUUUUGAUCUCUUCGAUCUAGGAGAGUUCUUCGACCUGCCCAGGAUUUUCCAGCUCUACACAUGUCGAAGCUCUUCGAUUUCGCUGGACAUGCUAAUUUGUUUCCUGGGGGGUCAAUAUACCCAAAUCUCAAGGAGUCGAGACUCUUUUUGUCCCUUGGGAAUCAUGUGGACAUCUUUUUUACACCGCGCAAGAGGUCCUGCAUCAGUGCCCCUUUUGUAUUCAGUGAUGAAAUCUUUGUUGAGAAGCAGUCACCCUCCAUUGAUGUGCUUCCUGAUGAAUGCCUCUUUGAGGUCUUGAGACGCCUCCCACAAGGCAAAGAGAAAAGCAUCUGCGCUAGUGUUUCCAAAAGAUGGCUUAUGCUUCUAAGCAACAUCCGUAGGGACGAAAUCUGUUCCAAGGAAGCAGCUCCAUCUUUGGAAAUGGAGAAAAAACUGACUCUGUGUGAUAAAAAGGGUGGGAGCAUUGGUACUAAAGUUGGAGUUGAGGGUGAAGAUCAAGAGCUAGAGGCUGAUGGAUGCCUUUCCAGGUGUUUAGAAGGGAAGAAAGGAACAGAUGUAAGACUUGCAGCCAUCGCUGUUGGAACUGGUCACUGCGGAGGAUUGGGUAAGCUUUUUGUUAGAGGAAGCAAUUCUACUUGUGGGGUCACUAACCUUGGCCUCAAAGCAAUUGCUAGUUCCUGCCGUUCUUUAAAGGUUCUUUCUCUGUGGAAUGUAUCGUCUGUUGGAGAUGAAGGCCUAGUUGAGAUUGCCAAUGGAUGUUGCUUAUUAGAAAAGCUUGACCUUUCCCACUGCCCAAAUAUUUCCAAUAAAGCCUUGUUGGCCAUUGCUAAGAACUGUCCCAACCUGAUGUCUGUAACUAUUGAUUCGUGUUCAAACAUAGGGAACGAAAGCCUUCAAGCCGUUGGGACUUACUGCCGCAGCUUGAGGUCCAUCUCUAUCAAAAACUGCCCUCUUGUUAGUGAUCAAGGAAUUGCAAGUCUCCUGUCAUUGGCAGGUAAUAUUUUGACUAAGUUGAAGCUUCAGGCUUUGAACAUCAGUGACAUGUCUCUUGCUGUUAUUGGACACUAUGGCAAGGGAGUUACAGACUUAUUUCUCUGUGACCUUCAGUACGUAAGUGAGAAGGGUUUCUGGGUCAUGGGCAAUGGUCAGGGUUUGCCGAAGUUGAGAUCCUUUACACUUACUUCUUGCCAUGGAGUUACUGAUUUAGGGCUGGAAGCCAUGGGCAAAGGUUGCCCAAAUCUGAAACGGUUUUGCCUACAUAAAUGUGCGCUCUUAUCCGACAUUGGAUUGGUUUCUUUUGCCAAAGUCGCACAGUCGCUUGAGAGCCUGCAAUUAGAGGAAUGCCAUAGGGUUACCCAAUCUGGGUUUUUUGGUGUUCUUGUAAAUUGUACUGGCAGAUUGAAGGCUCUUGCUCUAGCAAACUGCUUAGGGUUUAAGGACUCGCCUUUUGGAUUCCCUUUGAUGGCACAAUGCGCUUCCUUGCAAUCUUUGUCAAUCCAUAACUGUCUUGGAUUUGGCGAUUUUAGUUUGGCUAUUUUGGGUAAAUUGUGCCCCCAACUCCAGUAUGUGGACCUCAAUGGGCUCCAUGGAAUUACUGACGAAGGGCUUCUCCCUCUCAUUGAAAUCUGUGAGGCUGGUCUAUCGAAGGUUAAUCUAAGUGGAUGUGUAAAUUUGUCAGAUAAGGUUAUCUCCGUCAUUACGAAGUCGCAUGGCUCCACUCUUGAACUGCUUAAUCUGGAUGGUUGCAAACAUAUCACUGAUGAAAGCUUGGUAGCGAUUGCUGAGCAUUGCUCAUUGUUAAGAGAACUUGAUGUUUCCAAGUCUGCAGUUACUGAUUCUGGUCUUGCAGCCUUGGCUUGUGCGGUGCAGCUCAAUUUGCAGAUCCUUUCGAUUUCGGGUUGCUCUUUCAUGUCAGACAAGAGCUUGCCUUGCUUGCUAAAAAUGGGCCGAACUCUUCUGGGAUUGAACAUCCAGCACACAAAUGCAAUAAGCAGCAGCAUGGUUGACCUGCUUGUGGAGUGCCUCUGGCGCUGUGAUAUCCUCUCCUAAGUGGUAUUGAUAUCGAAUUCUCCCUUUCUGAGACUAUGGAUUUCCAAGUAAAGGGGUUGGUGGACAUAUUUGGGAGUUUCAGUCUAGUAACUUUGUGGGUGGCGUCAAAUCGUAGUUUUUGGGUCCAUCAGAUAUGGGUCUUAUUGUAGUCUAAUGACCUGGUUCCUUUUUUCCAGGGGAUAUGGCCCCUAUGACACUUUUUUUGCAGCAUUCCUUCUAUGGUGAUGCUGUUCGAAGAUUUUUGGCACCUUGAAAAUAGGUUUCGCCUCAUUCUUCGUGGCCAUACGUCCCUGAGAAUACUGCUCUAGGUUCUGGUUCUAGCAAUUAUUUCCCAUGGUCGUUCUCUUGUUGUGUUUGGGGGUCUAGUGUUUUAGCUAUAGCUUAUGCUAAGCUUUCUAUCAGCUAUCUUGUCACAAUGUGUGUUCUCGUUCAGUUUUACCUAGUCAUCUGAGCUGUUGAAUCCUUUUGCAUUCCUCACAUGAUGAUUGGGUUUCUGUUUUCCCUUUUGGGAAGUGGGUCAAGUCUCCUUGUGUCCACUUCGUCUAUGGUUGCUUUUGUCAGUUCCUAGUUUGCAGGCCUUGCAUUCGUGGGCUUUGGCUGUGGCAACGGUUCUUCCGGUCUGCCGUGACAACCUUCCUCUUUGGAGGGUUUGUUUUUUAUACCAAGCCCUUUUUUUUUUUUUUUUUUUGCAGGCUCCACUGGCUUAUGAACUGUAUUCUCUGCAAUCUGUCUGUCUCCUGUAUGGUUUCUCCUUAUGUAAUAUUUGAAUAAAAAUGUGGUUCCAUUUUGUCACAAUGUGAUUCUGAUCCAGUAUCAUUUUACUUUUCGA